CGCCUACUUUAGAAAAACAGCUUACAUCAGGGACAGAUGGCGCGAGAUACCCUCCGCAGGGUUUGAUAUGGGAUAUGGAAUUUAUGUCGGUGAAGAGUCAAGGAUUAUGUGUAUUUAUUGCAGUAGUGUUCCUGUACCUGGCAGUGACAGGAGCCUCGGCUGAUGUAAAGUGUGAGAAUAUCUACAGGGACUUCUCUAACUGUGUCUUGGAGCUUGGGGAGAGCAUGGAUAACUACCAGGAGAAUGUAACCAGCGAGAGAGGAGUUGAGGCUGUGUGCAGCCACUGGGAAGCAUUCCACACAUGUGCCCUCACAGCCCUGUCUGGUUGUCAGGAGGAGGUGGGUUCCAUCUGGGAGACCCUGAGGGAGGACUCCAGGAAGAUCAGCUUCCAGGGAAGCCUCUUUGACCUAUGCAGCCCCAGCUCUGCUCCAAGUCUGCACUCACCUCUACCCACCCUAUCCCUGCUGCUGUUGGGUAUGUUGAUUCUGAAUGGGCCCACCUGGUCCUACAAAUAGGUGGAGGAUGCCUCUUCCAGGGCUAAUCCUGAGCACUUUCCCAUUUCCUGGGUUGGUGUCCAUGUGAGCACAGCUGAAAUCUAAAGGGUCAACAGACACAUAAAGCACUUGAUAUAUAAAAAUUUCUAGCUCUGGGGUCCUGCCAUGGUCAAUUGCCAUGUAAAUAGUGUUGCACUUGUUAAUCACAAGUUUAUGUUAGCACAGAGCCAUAGAAGGUAAUAUCAAAAAGUGAGUUUUGAUGUUACAAACCCAAGCAAUUAAAAAAUAAAUGCUUCUUGAAGUGACAAUCAAGCCAAUUGUUUAGAUUUUGAAUAUAUGUCCCCACAAACUAUUAGCCCUUCGUGGGUGAGUUGCAUGGCUGCUAUAAAGACACCAAAAAGGCAUUUCACAUACCACAAGUCACCCAUUAUUGUUCAUUUUCUUAGUUAUCCCUUUCAGUAGGUGCUGUAAAUAUCAGGUAAUUAUCUGACCUGAUAUUCCCUCUAUGCUUUGUAAACACCUUCUGUUUCCUUGAAAAUGGUUACAUGAGUAGUGAUUGUGUGUGAAUGUGCAGUGUUACUUCAUGAGUCUAUAUACCAUCAUCUGCCCAUUUAAUAUUAUUUACUCACAGUACCCAAAUCUUUUUUUUUUUUUUUUACUUCAAACUUAACUUCAAAAUAACACAGAGCACACUGAAUGCACAUACAGUAGGUGCAAAUUAUUUGUGAUGCAAUAACAUGCAUUCUCCAUUGGAACAUAAAGCGUUAGGCUUUGUUGUUGUCAAGCUUUAUUAUUAUCAUCACACUGAUUAUUCAAUUAUGCAACUGAAUGCAUCUGUAGUUUAUAGCACAACAGUGUUACUGUAUCUUCUCUGUGACUUAUGUUUGCCUCGUUGGGCCUUGUGGACUUAAUCCUCUCUCUGGAAUCUCUAAUGUUUGAUAAAGCUAUCUGUGACAUAAAUGCAUGAUUUGCUCCAGCAGUUUCAGCACAAUUCUUUCCACAGCAUACAUUCAGUUUAUGUUCUCUUAUUACCUCCCCACGGUACUUGGAAUGGAUCUCUGCAUGCUCUGUCUAGGUGUUAGAUUUGAUACUCAGUAUACGAUGGUACCCAUUAGUAUCCAGAGACACCCUACUGUAACCAGCAUGUUUGCACUGGUUGUCCACUCCUCCCCUGUGCUUUGGAAAAUUUUAUAAUUUUGUCAACCAAUCUGUGUGUCUGGUGGCAAGUGCAGGAACAAUAA